AUGAAGCGAAAGAAAGAUGACGACCCUCCACCUCCAAAGGCAAAGCGAAACAAAGGGAAAGAUAUCCGCUGGUUGCGGGUUCCCUUCCUUGUUUGCACAAACGCAAACAAGUUUAUUAAAAAUACAGCUUUUGAAGCAAGCAAUGAUGACUUUCAAGAAACUCCAUUACUUAGAAAAGACAAAAGCAUCUGUACGACUUUGAAAGCUAUUAAAGACGGCACAUCUUCUCCUGAUCCCUCAAAUGUUGUCAUCAAUGAAAAGACAUCUAUGCCUACAGUCAACAAAGAUGCGAGCGUUCAAGUUGUAUUACCUGCUCCUAUUCCUUCCACUAGCUGUACUUCUGCUCCCAUCAAGACCUCCAAGAAAUAUCAGGACAAGGUUGGUAAAACUGAAGCACUUAAAAAGGAGAAAGAAAAGAACAAGACGACAAGUAAUGAGCAAGUACAAGUGCAGUGCCCUUCUUGUGGUGAAACCGAUCACCCUCGCUCCUCCAGCAAGCCGUAUCCUAUGAAUAUAUCAAAAACGAAGCUUCCAAAGCCCAAAGAUACUGUCGAGAGAACCUCUAUAAUCAAGACAUAUUUGGCUAAUACCUGCAGAUAUCCCAAGUUCCUUACUUUGUGGCACAAUGUGGAAUAG